AUCACCUCACACAAAGAGAAUCAAAAGAAGCGGUUCUGCCGGGCGCCCUGUUCUUCCCGGCCUUUUGAUUUGGUAUGCGAGAAAAAAAGCCUGAGCACGGGAGCAAUCGUUGACGUCGCAGCGAUGAAUGAAAUCGACUGGAAGAACACCCCUGGUGCGUGCCGAAUGAUAGACGAAUUUGACAUUCUCGGUGUGAUUGGAAGCGGUACGUACGGAGUAGUAUACAAGGCCUCCAGAAAAUCGAACAAAAAGGAAGUGGUAGCUCUGAAAGAGGUUUUGAUGGUACAAGAGCGAGACGGUCUGCCUAUUACGACCGCACGCGAGGUAAAGCUUUUGUCGCGCAUCCAGCACCCGAAUAUUGUCUCGCUCAUAGAGGUCGCGGUGGGACCGCGUGUCAACGAGGUCUUUUUGGUGCUAGAAUAUUUAGACUACGACUUAGCAGAAAUUUUGGAUUCAAACGAUCGACAUAUACAAAAAUUCACUCGAGCACAAAUCAAGUGUUUGCUGUACCAGCUAUUGAAUGCGCUGGAUUAUUUGCAUUCGAAUUGGAUUAUCCACAGAGACAUCAAGAUGGCUAACCUGCUGUACAACAACGAAACUGGCCAGCUGAAGCUAACUGAUUUUGGUUUGGCGCGCACGCUGAGCGACGUCUAUGAGGAGCCCCUGACAUUUGAGGUUGUCACGCUCUGGUAUAGAGCCCCCGAGCUUCUUGUGAGAGAAAGGGUGGAAUACGGUAUAUCGGUGGACAUGUGGAGUGUGGGUUGUAUCAUGGGAGAACUCUACUUGAACCAGCCGAUUUUUCCCGGGAAGGACGAAGUAGAACAAAUCAACAUGAUCAUCAAGCAGGUGGGGUGGUCCAACGAGUGUCCUUGGCUGAGCGACCCGAGGGUUUCUGACUUGAUUACAUCGAAGGGGGACGGAGAAUUAAGAAAAACGUUCAGAGGAAUUGGCAUUCCCGGAUUAGAUCUGUUGACAAAGCUACUAAGGCUUGAUCCCGCAAAGAGAAUCUCGGCGAAAAAGGCGCUCGUGCAUCAGUAUUUUACGACGGAACCUCUUCCGGCCUCGCUGAAAGAAAUGCCGAGUUUUCCCCCGAAGAAGGUUUUGCCAGCCGAGUCAGUAAAAAAAGGAUGUGAUACCCAAAAAAAAACAAGAUCUUAAAAACUGAUAAAAACGGACUUACGAAUAUGUCGGAAUGAUAAACGUCCCUAGAUAAAUAUAGGAAAAACUCUCUGAGAACAGCAAAUAUGCGAUAUGAAUUCGUGUCCCUUUAAAAGACGGUCAAAAGAGAGACGAAUUGGGUACAUUUAUACAAAAUAAAAUCUACCACGGAUUUUUCUUGGUAAAAA